AUGGAUCUGUCCAGAGCUGCUGACUGCUUUCUUCUCAUUGUCGCUCCUCUACUGGUUAUUCUCUUAUUUCUAAGAAUUCUAUAUUCGAGGUGGGCCAAGACAGCGACUUCCGUUACACCCGUGUGUAACACUGAGCACAGCCAAGCGAAAAAGGCAACGCCAGAUACCACGCAGCACAAAUCAACCGAACGGUAUAGAAGAAUGUUCUUUCAGCUUCAGAAUCUUGAAGACUAUCCAGAGGUACUGGAACCAGCUCGCCAAGAGCUCUUGGCCAUGUUUUCUCACGCACUCUCAGUCGCGCUGACGGAGGAGCCAGCGUACCGCAAUAGCAGCAGCAGCAGCAGCAAUAGCAGCAGCAGCAUCCUCAGCCUCGAAACUUAUAGCGCCGAAGCAAUGUCACUCUUCCUCCGGGAUGCACAUGAAAGGACUCUGUCAGGAUGGUCCGACUACCUGGAGCGCCGGAAGCAAGGGCAAGGCCCCGAACUAUUCGCGAGCGCUGAACAGGCCAAAGACUGGCUCGUUCAGCAGGCUCCUGUAAAGUUUGUCGACGGCGCAUGGCUUGGCCAUGUACACAAAACUACGACACCUUUUGCUUUCCGCAGCGUUACAAAGCAUGCUUGGCAGGUCUUGUCAGAGGAACUCGGCGACGGCGACCCUGACAAGCAUCACGUCACUCUCUACCGCAAGCUGCUGGAGAGCAUUGGCCGUCCCUUGCCCAGCGGCCACAGCGCUGAUUUCGUACAGGCCGGCGAGUGGAAGCGAGCCUGCGAGAACCAUGGCAUCUGGGAAUCUGCAGUGGCUCAGUUGGCCAUUUCGCUCUUUCCUAAUGAGUUUCUUCCCGAGAUUCUCGGCUUCAAUAUGCACUAUGAGCAGGUUCGACUCGACACAAUGCAGGUGGCGCAUGAGCUUGCGCAUUACGGUAUCGAUCCUUACUAUUUUCUCAUCCACAUUAGCAUAGACAAUGCCGACUCGGGACACACGGCAAUGGCGUCACAUGCUGUUGUGCAAUAUCUCGACAUAUUGCGAGCAAUGGAGGGAGAAGCGGCCGUGAGGCAGGCAUGGAAGCGAAUUCAGGUUGGACACGUCUUAUCGCAGACCUUGGGAUGUUAUCCUUGUUCUUCGACGGCUAGAUUGGGGCCUGAAAGCGUGCAAGUGUUGCCAAGUGCACUUGGCACCCAGGUUCUGGGUAUAUUCAGAACCAAGGCUUCGGUAUCGCGCGGCAUACAUUAUCGGAGCAGGGCCCGGAUAGGUCCCUAUGCUCUACAUGAAUGGCUCGAAGAGACAAUGCGAGUAGAGGCCAAUGAGCUAGACCUCUUGAGGGCCCUCAGCCGGGCAAAGCCGUGGGUGGUUGCUGGGGACAGCAAAAAGAGCCUGCUCGUACGAGAGCUGUCAUGGGGGGGACGCAUGUUUGGCGCCUUUACGAAAAACGAGGUUACAACAAUCUGUCAAUGGGUCGACGCCCUGAAACCUGAGAGCGACUCCCUUUUAUACUGGGAGUUUACGCAGAGGCAGCCAGUAACUUCCCGGGAAGCCGUGGCAGAGCUCCAAGACCCGGCUUCUCAUCAUCCGUAUGUGUCAGCUGGCAGUGCGACCAGUAUACUCAAUGCUUUUAAUUCGUACAUGACACCCCAGGAUUUUGAUAUCAGUGCUUGGGAUGCGUUGACAAAACACCCAUGUUUGAACGCAAUUUCCUGCAAUCGACUCCCGGAUAUCAUAGCACUCUGGUUUGCGCACAUCAGCCUUUUGGAGAAUACAAUAAAUACACCGUCUCGAACCGCGGACCCUGUUCAUUUGAGCAUUUUGCGCCUCUUGCGAGCACAGGCGGGCUUUGGUAUAGAAUCCGACAUUGUCGCGGGCAUGGAUGAGGUGCGGCGAGACUUUUGCACCAGCCUAGUCGAUAUCGGGCUGGAGCUUACCCAGAAGCUUUCCCGGAUUGCCGUCAGUGCCAAACCUCGGAACUUGAAGCAGGUAUUGCUGUUAGUCGCUAGUCAUGGCCAGGGCCAGGAGAGCUUUCGGAUUGCCAAUGACAUGCUGCAGUGGAGUGCGCGGCCGAGUGCGAAUCUGGGGUUUCUCCUGGGCCUUGCCUUGGCCUUUGUCGAGUUUAAGCAUGCUGUUGGGGGAGAUCCCAAGCUUUUGGGUCCCAAAAGUCGUCUUUUGUUAGAGGCUAUAGUGACGAGAGAGAAGAGGUGUUUAGAGGAGUGCGCGAGGGAGCUGCAGAGGACAGAUGAUGCUCUGUAUAAAGAUUUACUACGGGGAAACUAUCUCGCAAUAUCCAUUCUGCCAAAUUGUAUAUAG